AUGAAGAACUUUCUUUUCGCCAAGAACAAGGUUGGGUUCAUAACUGGGUCAAUUAAGAAACCAGGAGAAGAUUCAGCCGUAUACAUGCCUUGGAUGCGUGCAGAUGCGAUGAUCAAGGGAUGGAUAACUACAGCCAUGGAAAAGGAUAUCAGAACAAGCGUCAAAUAUGCAUACACAUCGAAGGAGAUCUGGGAUGAUCUAGAGGAGAGGUUUGGAAAAGAAAGUGCUCCAAGAGCAUAUGAGUUGAAACAGUCACUCACCAUCACGAGACAAGAAGGAACAUCGGUUUCAGCUUAUUACACCAAGCUACGGGGACUGUGGGACAAGAUCCAGACCAUAUCACCUCUUCCACGCUGUUCAUGCUCCAAUUGUACCUGUGAUAUUGGCAAAAGGCUUAAUGAGUUCAAAGAAAAAGAAAAGCUCUAUGAAUUCCUCAUGGGCCUUGACAGUGAAUACUCUACAAUCAAGACACAAAUUCUUGCCAUGACGAACAGCAAAGGGCAGUUUCGCCAACAAAGGAAGAAGUCUGCAUCAAAAGACAUUAAGAAGGUCACAGGAGAAGAGGUAGAGCACUGCAACCACUGUGGUAAGAAUGGUCACAACAGAGACGGAUGUUUCAAAAGAAUUGGGUAUCCCGAUUGGUGGCCGAAUAAGGCGAAACAGGAAAAGAAUAAAACAAAGGCAGCAUUCGUUGAUUCAGGAACUAGUCCUAUUCCAGGUCUAUCGAAUGAGCAAUACCAGAACCUGAUCAAACAUUUCUCUAAAGAUGGGUGA